AUGAGGCGGCACCUGCUGUGCCUGUGCCUCAUGGCCGCUUUGGCAAGCGCCCUCGCCGCAGACUGUCUCCCAUCUCUGGAGCCUGAGAUUGAGAAGCUGCCUCAAUCGACCAUCUUCUCGGAGAUCAUCACCUCGCUAGCGGCCCAAGCUGUGCCGAGCGAGGAAGGCACCGCCAGGCGGCGGCUGCUGGAGGCGGCGGCAGCGGGCAACGCCCCCGCCUUCCGCGCCUGCCCCCGCAUCCUCUCCCCCGUCUGCUCCACCGACGGCCAGCAGUACCCCAACGACUGCGUGGCGGCCAACAGGGGCGCCCAGGUGGCGUGCCGUGGGCCCUGCCCCUGCGGCGCCGAGGCCUCCUCUGCCGGCAACUCUGCCGGGCCGGUUGACCCUGUCAUGGGCCCCUGCCCCAAGAUCUACUCCCCUGUCUGCGGGCUGGACGGGCAGACGUACCCCAGCAAGUGCGUGGCGGGCGGGGCGGAGGCCGUGGACUGCGAAGGGCCCUGCCCCUGCCCGGCGGCGGGCAUGCGGGAGCUGCUGGCCGACGGCGACGGCGAGGCGCAGCCCUGCACCAAGGAGUACGUGCCGGUGUGCAGCGUGGAUGGAGAGACGUUUGCCAACAGGUGCCUGGCCGGGGACGCGGAGAUUGCGUACGAGGGGGAGUGCAGGGCGGUCAGGCCCUGCCCCGCCAUCUACGCGCCCGUCUGCUCAGCCGACAACGCAACGUACGGCUCGGACUGUGUGGCGGAGGGCGCGGGCGCGGAGGUUGCGUGCAGCGGCGAGUGCCCCUGCCCCAAGCCCGACGCCAAGCCGUGCCCGCUGAACUGGGCGCCGGUGUGCGGCGUGGACGGCGCCACCUAUGGCAACGACUGCGCCGCCGGCGACGUUGAGAUCGCUUGCCAGGGGGAGUGCCCUUGCAAGGGGGACGCCGCUGAGGGGCAGUCAACUGACGGCGACGAUGCCGUCUGCAUGACCAUGGUCGACCCCGUGUGCAGCAUGGACGGCGAGACAUAUACCAACGGCUGCUUUGCCAGGGUGGCGGGUGCAGUGGUCGACUGCCAGGGCAAGUGCCCGUGCCCUGAGGUGCUUGAGGCGCUGCAGACGCGGGGCGGAAUAGUGCUGGUCCCCACAGAUGAUGCGCUGCUGGAGGCGCUGGAAGCAUUUGCCAACCUGACCGACGCCUCCGGUGACCUGCUGAACAACACCGCGCUGCUGAAGCUGAUCCUGGCCCGCCACACCAUCCUGGCGAGGCCUGGAGAGAAGCUGCCAACUCCCAGCGAGGAUGGCACCCUUGCGCUGACCCAGGCGGGCGAGCGUGUGCGGCUGUUUGCUGACGAGCAGUUGGAGCUGGAGAGCGUGGGCACCGGACCGCGCGGAGGAGACAAGAUCCCGGUGCUGGCCAGCGUGAAGGGCUGCAAGCUGGCAGUCUACCAGAUUGCGGUGGUGCUGGAGGGGCCCGGGGCGACUUCCCGCUAG